GAUAUCCUGGCCGUCUGUUUAUAUAGGAUUUGCUGCCUCCUCUCGUUCACGGCCAGCGCUGUCGCAACUGUCGUUUUCCAUUGUUCACUCGCUCAGAAAUACACGGCCUUAAUGCAUUACUCCUCUUAAAUCCUUAAUGAAUUUUUAUCUUAAUUCGCUAGUCGACUAGUUCCAGAAACCAUGGUUCACAUCCAUAAGGCUGCCACUGCGGCAUUCUUGUGGUUGUCGUCUUCCACCAUCACAAACGCAGCAACUGUAGGGAAGCGUGGACUAAUAGUGCCAGCAACAGUUGGAGGAUGGACUUCUCAGGGUUGUUACGUAGAUGUGGGGCGAACGCUCACUGCCGGUGGCUAUGAUAGCGACACUGCUAUGACAGAUGAAUCAUGUAUCUCAUACUGUGAGAAGGCUGGGUACAUCUACGCGGGCACAGAAUACGCAUCACAAUGCUAUUGUGGCAACUCACUCGCUUCUGGGUCUGGGCCUGCUGCUGCGAGCGAUUGCUCCAUGGCAUGCAGUGGAAAUGCGACUGAAGCAUGUGGUGGUCCAAACAGACUGAAUUUGUAUUGGAGUGGUACCACAGGACCUCAGACCAACCCCGGUUCUGGUCUCUGGACUUUCAGUGGGUGCUACGCUGAAGGAACAACUGGCAGAGCGCUUACUGUUGGGGCCACUGUCGUCGGUGGCUCGUCCAAUACCACAGUAGACAAUUGCUUGUCAGAAUGCCAACUCAUGGGUUAUCCUCUGGCUGGUGUCGAAUAUUCUGGAGAGUGCUACUGCGGCGAUUCCAUCUCAAAUGGAGGCGUGCUUGCGCCAGACGGAUUGACAGGAUGUUCAAUGCUUUGCAACGGCAACCUCUCCGAAUUCUGUGGAGGCGCAAGUAAAUUGGAUGUCUACGACUUCAAUAAGACAGUCACGCUUCCUGCAUGGAACACUACGGCUGUCACUUCUACGACAGUUUCAGUCCAGUCAACCUCCAGUUCUGUUGUCGUUACGACAAGCAGCUCACUGCUGUCUUCCUCGUCGUCGGUACUGUCUUCUUCGUCGUCGGCCGUAGCCUCUAGCACUUCCAAGUCAUCCUCAGCAGCUGUCUCAAGCUCCAAAUCCUCCUCAUUGGUAGUAUCAAGCACUUCCAAGCCAGCUUCCUCAUCGGUCGCGGUCUCCACGUCCUCGAGUCUAUCUAGCUCCUCAAGCUCACUUAAGAGCUCCAGCUCCGCUGUGGUUGCCAUCGUAAGCUCCUCAACCACCCAAGCUCCAGCCGCCACCUCGACCGGACCUUCAUUGGGACCUUACGUGUACUAUGGCUGCCAAACUGAAGCUACCAACAUCCGAGCACUUUCUGGUGCCGCAUCCGCAUCCGAUGAAAUGACCCUAGAGAUGUGUGAAGCUAGUUGCUCAGGCUACACAUACUGGGGCACAGAAUAUGGACGAGAAUGCUAUUGCGGAAAUUCCUUCAAUACCGGUUCUGUUGUAGCACCAGCUACUGAUUGCUCUUUCCCGUGUGCUGGUGAUGCCAAUGAGACUUGCGGCGCAGGGAACCGUCUCUCCGUUUAUGUCCUCAAUGGUACAAUCACGUCCACCACCAGCAGUGUGAUUUCCAAGUCUGCUACAAGUACAGGGAGCUCAUCUGUCUCCGUCUCAACCAAUCCUGCUGCCACUGGAUUUCCAACUGGCUGGGCAUACUAUGGCUGCUAUAUUGAUGGUACAGACGGUCGCAUCUUGCAAAAUCAGCUUGCUGAUAAUCAAGAAAACACUCUUCAAGUCUGUGUCUCAGCUUGUGCAGCGGCUGGCUAUACCAUAGCAGGCGCGGAAUACGGUGUUCAAUGCUUCUGUGGCGACGCAAUUUACAAUGGAGGCGUCUUAUCGACAGACCAAUCAGAUUGUAACAUGGCUUGUCCAGGCGACACUUUAGAAGAUUGCGGAGCUGGUAACAGAAUGUCCAUCUACUCGAUUGGACAACCUGAAGCAUAUCAAGCUCCAGCUGCCCAACAGACUGGCCUACCAACUGGAUGGGUUUACAAUGGUUGUCUCCAAGAUAACAUUGCCUCCAACGAAGAUCCCAAUGAGAUUCUGUCAACCUUCCCUUACAUGGCUUGGGACAAUUCGACUCUAAACAAUCCCGACUUGUGUCUCGCUCGUUGUCAGGAGUUCGGAUACAAUGCGGCUGGUCUCGAGUACGGAUCUCAAUGCUUCUGUGGUGAUGUUGAGAAUAUCUACGUUGCUUCCGCGCCUUCAACAAGCACCGAUCCUGAUGACACUCAAUAUUACACACGAAGUUCCGUUCCUCAAUUCUAUGAUGCUUCACAGUGUAAUACUCCUUGCGCUGGUACUGAACAGUACCUUUGUGGUGCAGGAAACAGGUUAACGUAUUACUCCUACAAUGCCACUCCGGGUCUCUAUGAAUGGGGUAUGCCAACUGGUACUAACGCUGGAGAAUACUCGUUGCUUAUCGGCGGCGUGGUUGUUCCUCUUAUUGUAUCGCAGACGGUCAACGGCAAGGUGACCUUUGUUGAAAAAUUCGGUACUGGAGAGCCCAACGGUACAGGAGCUUAUGAACUCGAUCUCUCGCAGAUCGACGACUUCUCUGCUGCCUGGCGAACUAUGACUGGUCUCCAAACUGAUGUCUUCUGCUCUGCUGGUCUCACUCUCCCAGAUAAGGCAGGACGUCAACUCACAGUAGGAGGUUGGGCUGGUGAGUCUAACUUCGGUGUUCGCCUCUACUGGCCAGACGGAAGUGCUGGUGUUAAAGGCACCAACGAAUGGAUCGAAGACCCUGGUGUUCUCCAACUUCAAGUCCCUCGUUGGUAUCCAUCCGCAAUGAUCAUGGCAAACGGCUCUAUUCUCAUUGUAGGAGGAGAAAUUGGUCAGAAUGCCGCCGAACAACCCACUCUUGAGAUUCUGCCUGCGACUGGUGUACCUCAGGCCGGUACCGCGAAUGGUUACUCCAACACCACCGUCUAUCUUGACUUCUUGGACAGGACUGCUCCGUUCAACCUCUACCCCUUCAUCGUCGUCAUGAAAACGGGCAUCUUUAUCGCUUACUACAAUGAAGCCCGUAUCCUCAAUGAAGUUACCUUCGAGACUAUCAAAACCCUGCCCAAUAUGCCAGCCGCAGUCAACGACCCAACAGGAGGCCGUACCUACCAACUCGAAGGCUCAAUGGUCAUCCUACCCCAACACGCACCCUACACCGACCCAGUCGGCGUCCUCAUCUGCGGAGGCUCCACAUCCGGAGGCGGCUACCCCAUCGAUAACUGCGUCUCCACCCAACCCGAAGCCGCAGAACCAACCUGGACCAUCGAACGCAUGCCCUCUCGCCGCGUCAUGCCCUGCAUGGCCGGUCUCCCCGACGGAACCUACAUCAUCCUCAACGGCGCCCAACACGGCUACGCCGGCUUCGGACUAGCCGGCUCACCAAACUACAACGCCGUCCUCUACGAUCCCACCAAGCCCGUAAAUCAACGCAUGAGCAUCAUGGCUAAUACCUCCGUCGCCCGCCUCUACCACUCCGAAGCCACCGUCCUCCUAGACGGCCGAGUCCUCGUCUCAGGCUCGGACCCUACCGGAGACUACGACUCCCCAGCAGGUGCCUUCCCAGAGGAAUACCGCGUCGAAGUCUUCACACCCCCGUACCUCCUCUCCGGCUUGCCCCGUCCCACAUUCGACCUCUCAUCCACGGACUGGGCCUACGGCGAAGAAAUAACCUUCACUGUGACCUCCGGAACCGCCACAGCUGUCACCCUGCUCGGCUCAGUCGUCUCAACCCACGGCAACGCAAUGGGUCAACGCACCAUCUUCCCUGCAUUCACCUGCGCUGGCAACACCUGUGUGGUAACCGCGCCCCCGGACGCGCAUACAUCACCACCAGGCUGGUUCAUGAUGUUCAUCCUCGACGGGCCGACACCUGCCGUGGGGCAAUUUGUGCGGAUUGGAGGGGAUCCGGCCGGGUUAGGCAAUUGGCCCGAUUUGCCGCCUUUUGAGGGAAGCUUGCCGGGUGUUUAGAUAGAUAGAUGGAUGGAUGGGGGAAGGGGGGUAAUGAGUAUAAAGAGAUGAGGAUAUGAGUAUACAGGGAUGAGAUAUGUUCAUAUAUCUAUAGCGUUUAGUGUUUAGUGUUUAAUGAUUCUUUGUCUGAUCAUGUGUGUUUUGAUGUUUGACGUGAGCGUGGUGAGAACUGGGAUCGAAGCUGAGCUCCCUGGUGAAAUUAACUUUCCUUGGCUUGAUUGUUCUGGCCAAUGUAUAGCUG